GACCUAAGCGACUCCGACUCUUUUAAGACUUUAUUUAUUUAUUAUUCAAAUCGAUCAAACGUAUUUUAAAACGCUCUUGUUGAUAUUAUUUAAUGUGUUCAUUGAAGCCAAUAGUAAUACAACACUUUUAAUGACGAAACACGAUCCUUGACAUUUUUAAAAUUAGUUUCGUAAAUUUCAGGACUAAAGAGAAAUUCCAUUGCCAGACACCAUGGACAAAGUUACUAUAGCUGAAUUAUUUAGAAAACUAAAGAUUUUAAUUGGAGGACUUAUAUGCAUUGCUAUAAUUUUGCUUCUUUUAAUAAUAACAAUAGUUCUGAGAUUCAAUAGGAACAUACAGAUGUCAGUGGUACCAAAACAAUUCAGUGUACAUCCAGUUUCAGAGACAACUGUGAACGGUAUACCUCUUAUAAUUCAUCAAACGUGGAAAUCUAGUAAUGUUCCUGAGAAAUGGAAAGAUGCACAAGCUUCUUGGACAGAACAAUCUGUUAAAUAUCCAUUAACGCGUAAAUACAACGAAUUUGUGUAUAUGUUAUGGACAGAUAAAAUGUUGGACACUUUUAUCAAGGAACAAUAUCCGUGGUUUUACAACGCAUUUCACAGUUAUCAUUUUCCAAUUUCUCGAACAGACGCAGGGAGAUAUUUUUUAUUAUACCAUUACGGUGGAAUUUAUUCUGAUUUAGAUAUAGGAUGUAAUAACCAGUCUAUAAGAAAGAUAUUAUCUAGUUUUAGAAGCUAUCAAGGAGUCGGUGUUAUGGAAGUUAGACCAUACGGAUUUUCAUUGGAAGUGCUCGUGUCGGCAAAAGGACAUCCAUUUAUGAAAUCAGUGAUAUCUGGUUUGAUACCUGCUCAAGCAAGAUAUCCAAUUCCAUACCUAACGGUAUUGCUAUCUGCUGGUCCUUUAUAUUUUACUGCAAAAUAUGGAUUAUAUAAAAAUAAGCAUGAAAUACAUAUUGUGAGUCCUGCGUUGUAUGAAGGGAAAUAUUUCAAGCAUUAUCAUGGUGGAACCUGGCAUAGUUGGGAUGGAGAAAUAAUUUGGUGGUUUUAUAACCAUGGCCCUUUACUUGUUAUAUUGAUGGUAUUAGCUUUAACAAUUUUUGGAAUUGUAACGUUUAAAAAGAACUACAUGUCUAUAGUAAAGCCGGGAAAUUAUCAUGUAGCAUAAAAUUGAUAUUACCAAC